AUGGACUUCCAGGAAAAGUACGAUAAGGAAAAUCCUCGACGUUUUGAAGAGAUUUCUGCCGCUCGCCAGAUAAUAACUGCUCUCACUGCACCCUCGAAUGCACACAUAUCUUUCCCCUUCAUGGACCGAAUUGACGCAGCCACAUUAGGUCUCCAUGAUUAUGAUGAUGUUAUACGUUACCCAAUGUGGUUAAACAAAAUUUCUGAAAAAAUCGAUCGUGGCAUCUACCCUGGAAUUCGCGAAUUUGUUUGUGACUUUCGGCUCAUACUCGUCAACUGCUUUCGCUAUAAUGGCGUGACUUCCCGUAUGGGACGUUUCGCAGAAAAGUUGGAGUUGCUGUUUGAGCAAAAAUUGCAACUUCUGCCCCCCGAUAUUCGGGCCAAAACAACGCUACAGUCCAGUCUAGGCUGUGGCAGCAGUGAACAAGAGGUAGCAGACAGCGGUGAGUUUUCAUUGUCUUAA